GGAAGCAAAGCGGCACCGGUCCGUUUUAUCAAAAAGGCUUUAAAAAGUACUGUGGGGGAAAGUUUGGAGUUGCCGCUGAUAGACGGGUAUUUUACGUGUCAAAUUUGUAAUAGCUGUAAAAGUAGAUAUAUGGAAAAUGUAGUAACCAAAUAA